GGCUAGUGUGGUCUCUCCGCUGAUGAGGUGCCAGGCCUGAGUGCGGAAGCGGCUUGUGCAAGCUUGAGAGUGGGGACAUGAGAGCAACUUUGAGGAGAAGGCAGCAGGAUGCGCCGCCACGUGUAGGCUCACAGCAUACAGCGCAGAAAAACAAUAUAGAUCAAGUUCGUCCCACAGAAUCAUUUUCUGUCUGUCGUCGACUCAUCUCGGUUUUAAAAUACCUUCUACUAAUACUUGUGAUUCCACCAUUCCUUAAUUAUGCAGCUCUACAGAGAGAAGGAGCAUUACUUCAGCCUCAAGAAGGUGAGCUGGUUGACAUCGGACUGGGUCAGAAAUUGUAUUUAAACUGCCAAGGGAAGGGGCAUCCUAUUGUGAUAUUUGAUGCACCCACUGGCAUGUCUUCAGAUGUGUGGCUCUUGAUUCAAAAGGAUGUGUCCCAAUUAACACAAGCGUGCAUUUAUGACAGAGCUGGACUUGGCUUCAGUAAGAGAAUGUUCCAGAAACAAACAACUGGACUGGAUAAGUUAUGGAGGGGGUCGACAACAGGAAGAAUGGUAGAUGAUCUGCACAGACUUGUUAAAGAAGCUAAGCUGAAUAGCCCUUUCAUUUUCGUGGGAUCAGAACUUGGAGCACUGAAUGCAAGAUUUUAUGCUCACGUUCACAACUGGGAGGUUUCUGAUCUCGUCCUCAUUGAUCCAAUCCCUGAAGAAGUAUUCCUGGAGGAUGUAUGGCUGCAGUACUGGUAUGAAGAACUGCUCUCGUAUCAUCAGACCCGCCAGUUCUCUGCUGCUGUUGGUUUAAACAGAAUGCUUUUAAUCUCAGGGCUGAUGCAGCCCCCAGUCUUGGGAGCGAAUAUUUCUGAGGAUUUUAUGAGAAGACAGAAAUACCUGCUGAGCAAUCCAGCCCACCUGAGUGCUGUUGUGGAUGAACACUUCUUCAUUAAUGAGAGCAUCUCCCAAGUCAGAGACAUCCUGAAAUUUAAACCACUGUCCAGCAAAACUACUGUAACAGUGAUCACAGGAGAUUAUUAUGAUGAACAGCUUCCUGACCCCUUGAAUAAGGUUGUGACCCAGUUUCAGCAACAAUUCCUUACACAAGGUUAUCCAUCAGCCAAAUGGAUCAAAAUGAAAGGAACGGACAGACAUAUGAUUUACAGAAGUCCCAAAGAUGUUGCAAAACAAUUAAAGAAACUAAUCAACAAAAGGAAAGUCAAACAAGAGAGUCAGUAACUCUCCAACACAAUUUUGUAGAUUCUCACCCAUGUUCGAUGACUUCUAUAUCUUUUGUUAUAUCAUCAGGAAUCCAUUACAAUUGAAGUUUGUUAGCUAAGGUGACAUUGCGCAGAACUCCCAUGCUCGAUAAUGUUGGGUAAAUUCACAGAGGAUUUCUCCCAUUUGCUCUUCAACCUUUCACAGGAAUUCUGCAUAUUGUUGGCCUACAAAGACAGAAAAAGAAAAGAUUAAAUAAUGUUUUCAGCAAUUGAAAGAGUGUGCAUCUAAACUGAGUUUUGGGCGAUGUGAGGUUUAGCUUGUUUCACCUGACUCUGGCAACCAGAUUGGGUUGGCAGAAUGUCAUGAGACAUUGAAUUUCUUACCUUCCCUGAUCUAGUCAUUAUCAUUAAUUUACUGAUGAGGCACUGAGUACCUCAGCCCACACCCGUCUUUUCACUACACAUGUUCCUGAGGAACUAAUUAUUCUUUAUUAUGUCUAUAAUCUAUAUCUAUAAUCACUAAUCAUGUGCCAAGCCUUGACAUCAUUGAGGAGAGCCUUAAUCCUCGGCAGAAUUGAAGGCCCUGUUGCAGGAAGCCUUGUCACAGGUGUCUAUGUUGUCAGUCACUGAAAAAAGAGAAAGUUAAAAAUAGUUCAGAGGCUCUGAAAAAGAAUUUAAACUAGUUAAUGUGAAAGUUUGAAGAACAGAGAAGUACUUGCUGCUUAUCUUGCAGUCUCCAACUUUACUCUGAAGGACCACUCUAUCCUAGCUUGUUCCAGUUCUGCUCAUUGCACUGAUUCAUGGGUGAUUUUACAUUCAAGCUUAUAAUAACUAUAGUUUGCACAGGAUUUUGGAUGCAACUUCACCUAAGCUAAAUAGGCACACUUUCAGGUUCAAUUUGGAUAUAAUUUCCAAAUUAGAUCCAUGGAGCAAAUCUGAGACAAAUGGAACUUGAAAAAUGUCAGCUUUAUUUCAAAGUUUGACUGAAGUAAAGCCUCUAUUGUUAUAGACACUUGUUUAAGUGGGACAAUAAAAUGGAAUAAUAACAUGUAUGACACCCUGAGAAUGAGACACACUGACUGAUGUUACCUGGUGAAAAAUUUUACAGUAAUAUUUUUGAAAUGAUGACAUCCUGCUACUAAAGUGUACAUACAAAUUAAAUAAACUUUAUAAUUAGUUUUCA